AUGGAGAACCUGGAAGUCAGCCUGUCGUCUCUCGGCACCAUUUCCAGACAUGUGGACCGGAACCACCACCAGCUGGGCCAGUACCUGUCCAAGCAGAUCUGGAGCCACCAGGACCGCCAGUGCAUCCUGGACUGCCUGGCCCAACUGCUGCUGGAGAAGGAUCACACCCUGCUGAUCGCCCGACACCUCCGGCCGCUCGUCCUCGACCUGCUGGAGCGCAACGCCGAGCGGGUGAAGGCGGGCGGCCGCAUCAACCACGACCUGCACGAGCGCCUGUGUGUGGCCCUGAGCAGGCUGCUGGGCGUCAGCCCCGACGCGCCGGCGUUUGCCGCCCGGUACUUCAGCGGGGCCCCCCCGGUCUUCCAGAGGCUGUUCUUCACCAGCGAGGAGUCGGCGGCCGUGCAGUACGGCCCCCGCAGGAUGAAGCUGCGGGACCUGAUGGGCGCCACGCUGCGCUUCCUGCACAGCGACUGCGCCAAGUUCCGGAUGCUGUGGGACUGGAGUCCCUGCGUGUCCCAGCUGCUGACCAGCGACGUCAUGGUGCGAGGCUACACGGCUCACUGCCUCGCUCUGGUCUCUCAUAUGACGGACAAUCAGAAGACCAUCUUCCUCAGGAAGGUUCUGGCAAACGAGGAAAUCCUGCACAUGAAAAUCCGGGCCCUGGAGGAAACCCAGCAGCUGGAGGUGGAGAAAGCUCUGGUUCUGGCCAAUCAGGGCUCGGUAAUGUGGCGCCAGGAGAAACCCAACAAGUUCACCCGAGGACAGGUGGUGUCGGAGGACCUGUCCCCCAACGUGGUGGCCGUGUGCGGAGUGGUUCUGCCCCGGAUCGUCCCCAGAACCUCGGAUCAGCCCCCCCUGAAGGACCUGGUGCUGGUGGAGUCCACCAGCAGGAACCUGCGCCGCCUGGCCCUGGCCGUGGCGUCCCAGAAGCCCGUGCUGCUGGAGGGUCCGAUCGGCUGUGGGAAGACGGCGCUGGUGGAGUUCAUGGCCGCCAUCACCGGCCACACCAAGGCCUCCGAGAUGAUCAAGGUCCAGCUGGGUGAUCAGACCGACAGCAAGAUGCUGUUGGGGAUGUACCGCUGCACCGACAUCCCGGGGAAGUUUGUGUGGCAGGCUGGAGCGCUGACGCAGGCCGUGUCCAGAGGCCAGUGGAUCCUCCUGGAGGACAUCGACCACGCCCCUCUGGACGUGGUCUCUGUGCUGCUGCCUCUGAUGGAGAACAGGAAGCUGAUGAUUCCGGGACGGGAGGACUGCAUCGACGUCGCUCCCGGAUUCCAGUUCUUCGCCACUCGACGGACGUUUUACAGCGGGGGGAGCUGGCACAGACCGCAGAACUCCCACGCUGCACUGCUGGACAAGUACUGGACCAAACUCCAGAUGUUCAACAUGAGCAGAGACGAGCUGAAGAAGGUUCUGGUCAGCAGGUUCUCCAGCCUGGCGCUGGUGUCGGACCGCCUGCUGGAUAUCUACUGUCAGCUGACCGGGGAGAACCACUCCGACCCGGAACCCAGCAGCCGGCAGAACCCCGAGAACCCCGAGGACAGGAGCUCCGUUCUGGAGGGCCGGUCGCUGUCGCUGCGGGACCUCCUGAAGUGGUGCGACCGGAUCAGCGUGAACUUCGACGGGUCCUCGUCGGCCACGGCGCAGAACGUCUUCCAGGAGGCGCUGGACUGCUUCACAGCCAUGCUGUCCCGCUCGGAGAGUCGGCUCCGCAUGGCCGAGAUCAUCGGCAGCAAACUCAACAUCUCCAGAGAGAAGGCGCACCACCUGUGCCGGCUGUACCACCCCGCGGUGAGAGUGUGUGAUCUGGAGGUGUGUGUGGGCCGAGUGACGCUGCCCCGCAAGCAGACCGAAGCCGUGCAGCUGAGUGUCUCCCAGCAGACCUUCGCCGCCACCCGGCCGUCCUCGGUGCUGCUGGAGCAGCUGGCAGUGUGUGUGGCUAGAGGAGAGUCGGUGCUGCUGGUGGGAGAGACGGGGACGGGCAAGACCUCCACCGUGCAGCACCUGGCCGGGAUCACAGGACACCGGCUGAAGGUGGUGAACAUGAACCAGCAGAGCGACACUGCCGACCUGCUGGGAGGCUACAAGCCGGUGGAGCACCGCCAGCUGCUGCUGCCGCUGCGCGAGGCGUUCGAGGACCUGUUCUCCCAGACGUACUCCCGGCGGCAGAACCUGACCUUCCUGGGCCACGUCCAGACCUGCUUCAGGGGCAAGCGCUGGCAGGACCUGCUCACCCUGAUGGACCACGUCUGCAAGUCCGCACUGAGGGCCGAGCUGCAGGACCACAGCAACGCGGCUGUGCUGCAGGAGCAGUGGGAGCUUUUAGCCUCCAGACUGAGUCAGACUCAGCAGCAGAUCCGAGCCUGCGAGGCGGCCAUGGUCUUCUCCUUUGUGGAGGGGGCGCUGGCUCAGGCUCUGAAGAAAGGCCAGUGGAUCCUGCUGGAUGAGAUCAACCUGGCGGCUGCAGAGACUCUGGAGUGUCUGAGCGGACUGCUGGAGGGCAGCGAGGGCUCGCUGGUGCUGCUGGACCGAGGGGACACUGAGCCUCUGGUUCGACAUCCGGACUUCCGCCUGUUUGCCUGCAUGAACCCGGCCACCGACGUGGGGAAGAGGAACCUUCCUCUGGGCCUCAGGAACCGGUUCACCGAGCUGUACGUGGAGGAGCUGGAGAACGAGGCCGACCUGCGGGUCCUGGUCUCAGACUACCUGAGGACUCUGAACCCCCCCAAGAGCGUGGUCUCUGGGAUCAUCAGCUUCUACCUGGCGGUCCGGAAGGAGGCCCAGGCCCACCUGGUGGACGGGACGGGCCACAGGCCCCACUACAGCCUGCGGACCCUGUGCAGGGCGCUGCGCUUCGUGGCGGCCGACCCCUGCCACGGCCUGCAGCGCUCACUCUACGAGGGGUUCUGCCUGAGCUUCCUCACCCAGCUGGACCGGAGCUCCCACCCCCUGGUCCAGAAGCUGGUCUGCCAGCACAUCCUGAUGGGAAACCUCAAGUGUCUGAAACAGCCCAUCCCGGCCCCCCCGGCCCGGCGCUGUGUGGAGAUGGAGGGUUACUGGGUGUCCCAGGGCGAGCUGGAGCCGGCCGUGGACCCCAGCUACAUCCUCACCGCCUCCGUCAAGCUCAACCUGCGGGACCUGGUCCGGGUGGUGUCGGCCGGGACUCACCCGGUCCUGAUCCAGGGCGAGACGUCCGUGGGGAAGACCAGCCUGAUCCGCUGGCUGGCCGCCGCCACGGGGAACCAGUGCGUGAGGAUCAACAACCACGAGCACACCGACAUCCAGGAGUACAUCGGCUGCUACUCGUCCGACGACCGCGGGAAGCUGGUCUUCAAAGAGGGCGUCCUGAUCGACGCCAUGAGGAAAGGCUACUGGGUGGUGCUGGACGAGCUGAACCUGGCGCCCACCGACGUGCUGGAGGCGCUCAACCGCCUGCUGGACGACAACCGCGAGCUGCUGGUGGCCGAGACGCAGGAGGUCAUCAAGGCCCACCCCCGGUUCAUGCUGUUCGCCACCCAGAACCCGCCGGGGCACUACGGCGGCAGGAAGGUUCUCUCCAGAGCGUUCAGGAACCGCUUCGUGGAGCUGCACUUCGACGAGCUGCCCAGCGCGGAGCUGGAGACCAUCCUCCACCAGCGCUGCAGCCUGCCUCCGUCCUACUGCACCAAGCUGGUCCGGGUCAUGCAGGACCUGCAGUCCCUCCGCCGAGGCUCGUCCGUGUUCGCGGGGAAGCAGGGCUUCAUCACGCUCAGAGACCUGUUCCGCUGGGCGGACCGCUACCGGCUGCAGGAGCAGACCGAGGCCUCUCAGGACUGGCUGCAGCAUUUAGCAGACGACGGGUACAUGCUGCUGGCCGGACGCGUGAGGAAGCCGGAGGAGGAAGCCACCAUCGCCCACAUCCUGGAGAAGCACUUCAAGAGGACGGUGAACCCGGAGAGCCUGUUCUGCCAGAAGCAGGUCACCAGCCAGUUCAGUCCCUUCAUCGACAGCAUCGCCGGAGUCCCGGAGGAGUUUCGCCACGUGGUCUGGACCCACGGCAUGAGGCGCCUGGCCGUGCUGGUGGGGCGAGCGCUGCGGUUUGGCGAGUCUGUCCUGCUCGUGGGAGACACUGGGUGUGGGAAGACGACCAUCUGCCAGCUGUUUGCUGCUUUGGCCGGACAGAAGUUCUUCUCCGUCAACUGUCACCUGCACAUGGAGACGUCCGACUUCCUGGGAGGCCUGAGGCCCGUCAGACACACUCACCAGACGGACGGCGAGGACAGCAGGCUGUUUCAGUGGCACGACGGGCCCUUGGUGCUGGCCAUGAAGGAGGGCGGAGUCUUCCUCAUGGACGAGAUUUCUCUGGCAGACGAUUCGGUGCUGGAGAGACUCAACAGUGUUCUGGAGACGGAGAAGUCCCUGGUGCUGGCAGAGAAAGGUAGCGGGGACAACGACGACGUGGAGCUGAUCCGAGCGGCGGCAGGUUUCCGGCUGGUCGCCACCAUGAACCCCGGAGGAGACUUUGGGAAGAAGGAGCUGUCUCCGGCCCUCAGGAACCGCUUCACAGAGAUCUGGUGUCCUCAGAGCAACAGCCGCGCCGACCUGGUUCAGAUCGUCCAGCACAACCUGCGGCCCGGCCUCUCGCUCGACGGCGGAGACGUGGCGGAGCUGAUGCUGGACUUCAUCGACUGGCUGACCCGGCAGGACUUCGGCCGCCGCUGCAUCCUGAGCGUCCGAGACAUCCUGUCCUGGGUCAACUUCCUGAACGCGGUGUGCGAGCGGGACGAGGACGGCUUCAUGACCAUGGGGUCCCUAGAGGACGAGGAGGAGGAGUGGGACCUCCGGCUGGACACGGUCACCGCCUUCAUCCACGCCGCCUGCCUGGUCUACGUGGACGGGAUCGGAUCGGGAACCACGGCGGCCUGCGCGGACGGCGCCCUGCGGGCUCGCCGCCUCUGCCUGGGCUUCCUGCAGCAGCGGCUCAGCAGCAUGACCCGCCUGGACCAGGACAUGCUGGACGCUCUGAGGGUGUACGACAGCGGCCUGCCCCGGGAGCCGCAGUGGGGGGACGGCUUCUUCGGCAUCGACCCCUUCUACAUCGCGCUCGGUCCCCAGACGGAGAGCCGCAGCCUGCCCGAGUACGCCGUGGCGGCCGGCACCACCGCCAUGAACGCCCAGCGCCUGCUGCGGGCGCUGAAGCUGCAGCGGCCGGUGCUGCUGGAGGGCUCGCCCGGCGUGGGGAAGACCAGCCUGGUGGCGGCGCUGGCCAAGGCGUCGGGACACCACCUGGUCCGGAUCAACCUGUCGGAGCAGACGGACGUCACCGACCUGUUCGGGACCGACCUCCCGGUGGAGGGGGGGAAGGGCGGAGAGUUCGCGUGGCGGGACGGCCCCCUGCUGGCGGCUCUGAAGGCGGGGCACUGGGUGGUGCUGGAUGAGCUGAACCUGGCCUCGCAGUCCGUCCUGGAGGGGCUCAACGCCUGCUUCGACCACCGCGCCGAGAUCUUCAUCCCCGAACUGGGCAUGAGCUUCCAGGUCCAGCAGGACAAGACCAAGAUCUUCGGCUGCCAGAACCCCUUCACUCAGGGAGGGGGCCGCAAAGGCCUCCCCAAGUCCUUCCUCAACAGGUUCACUCAGGUGUUUGUGGACCAGCUCACCACCAAGGACAUGGAGUUCAUCGGAGAAUCCAUUUUUCCCAACAUCGAUAAGGAGAUCGUGGCCAAGAUGGUGGAGUUCAGCAACAAGCUGGUCCAGGAGGUGUGUGUGGAGAGGCGCUGGGGGCAGAAGGGCAGCCCCUGGGAGUUCAACCUGCGGGACCUGUUCCGCUGGUGCCAGCUGAUGCAGGCCGACCAGUCUCCGGGGUUCUUCAACCCGGGCCAACACGUGGCCCUGGUCUACGCAGACCGGAUGAGGACGGAGGCCGACAAGGCUCAGGUGCUGUGUGUGUUCCGGACGGUGUUUGGAGAAGACUUCGAGCCGUACUGUGGCUCCAGGCAGUUCCACAUCACUCCCCUCAACCUGCAGGUGGGCUUCUCCGUGCUGCAUCGCAGCGGGGGCGCUCCCGUAGCCCUGGACCCGCCGCUGUCCAUCACGCACCAGGCGCUGAGGCCUCUGGAGUCCCUGAUGAAGUGUGUGGAGAUGGGCUGGAUGACGGUCCUGGUGGGCCCGGCGGCCAGCGGGAAGACCAGCCUGGUGAGGCUGCUGGCCCUGCUGACGGGACACCGCCUCAGGGUCAUGGCCAUGAACAGCGCCAUGGACACCACCGAGCUGCUGGGGGGCUUCGAGCAGGUGGACAUCAUGCGGCCCUGGCAGCAGGUCCUGGAGAGCGUGGACUACAUCGUUGCCAUGGUGAUCCGGCGGGGCCUGAUGUCUCUGGACGUGGGGAUCCAGGACACGGAGUUCCUGCUGCAGACCUGGGGCCUGUUCUGCCGCUGGCUGCAGGAGGAGGGCCUGCAGCGGACCGGCGCCACCAUCAACGCCGAGGCCCUCAACAAGCUGGAGGUCAUCAUCCUGCUGCUGCAGAAGCUCAACACCAAGCUCAAGGUCUUCACCGACAUGUCCAAGCUGCAGACGGACUUCACCCUGCUGAAGGAGCGCCUGGCCCAGCUGGAGGACGGCUGGACCAACGGGGGCUUCGAGUGGCUGGACGGCAUGCUGGUGCAGGCCCUGCAGGCCGGAGACUGGCUGCUCAUGGACAACGUCAACUUCUGCAGCGCCUCCGUCCUGGACCGCCUGAACGCCCUGCUGGAGCCUGGCGGGUCGCUCACCAUCAACGAGCGCGGCGUGAUCGACGGGAAGACCCCCAGGAUCAGCCCGCACCCCAACUUCAGGUUGUUCCUGACCAUGGACCCGGCGCACGGGGAGCUCUCCAGGGCCAUGAGUAACAGAGGGGUGGAGAUCUACAUCCCCGGGGAACAAGAGGGGGUCUGCUGGGACGCUCUGGACCUCAAGACCCUGCUUCACACCGCCGGGGUGACCGGCGACUGUGUGUGUGACCUCCUGAUCGAAAUACACAAAGGCAUCAAGUGUGCCAUCUGGGACUCCCCCGCCUCGUCGGUGGCCUCCCUCCUCCACGCCGCCGCCCUGCUGUCCUGCCAGCUGCAGAGAGGGGUGGAUCUACCCAGCGCCCUGCAGCACGCCUGUGGAGAGGCCUACUCCCUGUGCCAGCGCUCCACGCUCAGCCAGAAGAAGGCCCAGCAGCUCAUCGAGCAGCAGCUCUCGGUCCUGGACCUGGAGGACUGGGGCAGCGGCCUGCUGUGUGCCGGAGUCUGGCCCGACGGCUUCCCGUCCGCCCUGCUGUCCACAGAGGACUCCUGCUUCUCCGCCGUCCUGCGGGACGGACAGGUCCUGUCCUUCUGCCUCAACACGCUCAGCCUGCAGGGCAAACGGAGCCGGCCGCUGAGCCUCAGCGACCUGCAGAGGGCGCUGCAGAGCAGCGGCGCUCACGAAGGCCUGCUGUUCUCCGGGGGCGUGGUGGACCUGGAGGACGGAGACGCUCUGAAGCUGGUCCCCACGGCGGUCCGGCUGCUGACGGAGAGAGCGUCUCACGGAGACUGGCUCCUGCGCAGCAGCUGGCUCUCACAUCUGGCCCGGAGCUACAAACACACCCCAGACUCGGCUCUGCUGCAGGUGGAGGCUGGGAACAGGGCUCUGAAGGCCGUCUUCUCCAGCAAGCUGGCAGCCAGGGGGAAGUCUCUGACCGAGCUGCUGCAGCCGCACAGCACAGAUGAGUACCGGAUCCUGGUGGACAUGCGCUGGAACAAGCAGUAUCUGGACAUCCUGGCCAGCAAGUGUAACUUCGAGGACGAGGAGCGGUACACGGAGUUCCUGGAGGCGCUGAACGCCGUCGCCAACAGGAUGGUUCUGAUGAUGGACAGAGAGCAGAGAUCGGUGAUCUGCUCGUGUGCCUUCAACAUGUCUGCUCCCAGCUCGGCUCUGAGGAUGGCCACCGCCUUCAGUAAAGGUACGGUGGACGUGGCCCACCUGCCCCACCCGGUGCUGAUGCACCUGCGCACCUUCCUGGACCUGUGGGACUCCUUCAUCCUGCAGGCCGUGCAGGGCGGCCAGCCCCACAUCUCCGACCACAUCAUGUUCGAGAUCCUGCAGCUGCUGCAGUGGCUGGAUCGCUUCUGGGACGUGUGCGGCUCGCUGCCGGCCGACGCCCGCGGCGUGCCGGUGCUGUCGCUGCACUGGCAGUGGGUGCAGAAGCACCUCAUCCUGCGGCUGCCCCAGCUGCUGCUGGGAGACGCCUCCUCCAGCGUCGAUGGCCUCCAGGAGCUGCAGGUGGUGUCUGCAGCCAUCCAGAGCGUGCUGUCCAGUCCGGCGUCCCUGUCCACGGCGCUGAAGGACAUCCAGAAAACCCUGGGGAAAGCUCUGCCCUUCAAGCUGGACUCGGUGGCGGAGUGUGCGGCCCGGCUGCGGCGGCUCAGUAAGGCUCUGGACGUGAGCGACGUGAGGCUGGACGGCAGCAGCGGCUCCUGGAGGCGGGAGCUGCUCCGCCUGCAGGGGGCGGCGCUGGGCCUGCACCUGAAGGAGGGCCUGCUGGAGGCCUGGGGCCUGGUUCUGCUGGCCAACAACCAGCUGGACCCGCAGCAGUCCGGCGUGCUGGACAGGCUGAUGUCCAGUGUGGACCAGCAGCACAACCACAUGAGCUCCAGGGGCCUCCUGGAGGUCUGCCCCCCCUCCGAGGACCAGGACCCGGCCGACGGGGCCCGCGAGGCCCGAGAGGAGCUGCGGCAGCUGAGCCGGAGGGCCCAGCUGUGGCCCCUGAUGGAGCAGCUGGCGGUGCUGAACCAGCUGCGCCUCAGCACUGACCUGCUGCACCUGGCGCUGGCUCCCGGCGACCCGGAGGCGGAGGAGUCCCUGCGGCGGGAGCUGUCCAGACACCUGCGGUUCUGCCUCCAGUCCACGCCGCUCAACGUGAGCCAGCUGCAGCCGCUGUGGUUCCUGCUGAGCAGCGACCGGCCCGCCGAGGAGCUGCCCCUGGUGUGGUGCGAGCUGCUGACGGAGGCCCUGGCUGCGCUGUGGACCUGCAGCACCGCCUCCGACCCCGACCGCUGGCUGAAGUGGGACCCGCUGAGUCCAGAACCCGAGGCGCGGCCCCGGCUGCCCCCCUCGCCUGAGAGCUCGGGUCCCGCCGCGCUCGGCACGGCGGUGUGGUCGCACUGCAUGCUGGGAGUGCUGGGCGGCGGCGAGGGCGGCGCCCGCCCGGAGGCGUCCGGGGCGGCCCUCCUCUCGCUGGCCCGGGUGUCUCUGGGGGAGUGGAAGGACAGGGUGCAGCAGCUGCAGGACGUCUCCGCCGUGCUGUGGGACAACAUGGCCAUGAGCGCCCUGGCGCCCUUCAGGGGGACGGACUUCCGGCUGCAGGGCGCCGUCCUGCGCCGCCAGCUGCAGAGCAUGGCCGACCUGCUGCCCCCCAGCCUGCAGGAGGGCUUCAUGGAGAGCUGCGAGAGCCUGGUGGAGGACGCCGACCCCCUGAUCGCGGCCCAGGAGAUCCAGACGGUGUUCCGGGACUUCCUGCCCCCCGACGCGCUGCCGGACGGCGUCCCGCAGGCCUGCCUGGCCGCCCUGCAGCACUACGUGCAGAGCAAGGUGCAGGGCCGCGGCACGGCCGGCCGCUCGGGCGCCUUCUGGGUCCACAUGGGCCUGCUGCAGAUCAAGACCUGGACCCCGCAGACCGUGUUCGACCCCGCCGUGAAGAGGGCCUACAAGCUGAGCUACGCCCAGCAGGAGCUGGCCGAGCUGCAGGAGGAGUGGCGAGGACGCAGCCUGUCGUCUCAGCUGAUGACCGGAGCGGAGCUGGAGGAGAGCAGCACCACCGACGGCUUCCAGCACCCUCGGAUCAGGUACCUGUGGAUCCGCAUGCAGCAGGUGAAGGAGCAGAUCUCGGAGCUGCGCAGGAAGCAGGCGUGCCGUCCGGCCGAGCCGCAGUACGGCCGGCUGCUGCAGGAGCUGCAGCACUACCAGAGCAGCGUGGGACAGGCGGCGGCCGUGGACGACCUGCUGUCCCGCCUGCUGAAGGCGCCGCAGGCCGCCGCCGCCUCGUCCCGGUCCCGCGCCGCCGUGCAGGCGCUGCUGAGGGAGGAGUCGUCGUGGCAGAGCUCGCAGCGGCGCUUCGGCCAGCGGCUGCUGGAGGAGUACCCGCUGUACCCCGACGUGGUGGGCCCGGUGCGGACCGGCAUCCUGCAGCUGAGGCACGGCAUGAGGCUGGCGGCGUCGCAGGCGCGGGCCUCCGCCGGCGCCGCGGCGCCCGGCCUGUCCUCGCUGCUGUCCUGCCUGCUGGCCUUCCCCUCGCCGUCCGCCGAGCGCCCCUCCUUCCUGUCCCGCGCCGACUUCCUGUGCUCGCGGACCUGCAUGGACGUCCUGCGCCGCCUGCCGAGGCCGCCGCCCCCCCAGCAGGACCCCCCGCCGGUGCCGGGAGCCUCCGCCCUGCUGCUGAACGCCCUGCUCUACCUGCAGUGCCACGCCGUGUCCGAGGGCGAGCUGAGCGGCGACGCGCACCGCCUCUUCACACACAUCUGCCAGGCCCUGGUGAACGAGUGGGACGAGCGGGAGCGGCGGAGGAGGGAGCGGGAGCAGGAGCAGGCCAGUGUGUACCGCAGCCGGCAGCACGGCUCGGGGCUGACGGAGGACGAGCAGGACGAGCGAGACUUCCAGCAGCACUUCCCUCACUUCCAGCAGGAUUUCGCAGACCUGGUGUCCCAGCCGAGUCUGGAAGGUCCGGCUGAAGCGGGCCUGCAGGCGGAGGAGGCCCCGCCCCCGGAGGAGCCCCCCGAGGCGGACUCCCUGUCCAGCAGUGCCACGGUCCUGCUGGUCCAGGCCCACCAGGGUCUGUGUCUGACUCACGCCCGCUCGCCGUGGUCCGGGCCGAGCGGCGCCGGACGGCCCGGGCCGGAGCAGGUCCGGGCCCUGGUCUGGUCCUACCAGCUGGCGGCCCCCCUGGUGUCGGGCUUCUACCAGCUGCUGGAUUCAGACCUGGACCAGCAGCUGACGGGCAGCGAGCUGCUGCUGUCCGGCCUCCUGCAGAGCGCCGUGCAGGGCCCCCCGCCGCCGGGCCCCGGGGGCCUCCGGGCUCUGGCCGCGACCCCCGAGGGGCCGUACGACUUCUACCAGCAGCCCAACAUGAGCGAGGCCCGCCUCUGCCUGCCGGUGCUGGAGCAGCUGGGCCUGGCGGUGCAGCGCAGGCUGGAGGACUGGCCCCAGCACCCGGCCCUCGUUCAGUUAAACGUGGUGAUGGACCGGAUCAAGGCCUUCAGCCUGGCCAGCCCGUUGGCCAAGUUCCUGAACGGUCUGGAGAUCCUGCUCAGCAAGGCCCAGGACUGGGAGAACAACGCCAGCCGCUCGGUGUCCCUGCGGGCGGAGCUGGACGCCGUCACUCAGCUCGUCAUUCAGUGGAGGAAGCUGGAGCUCAGUUGCUGGUCCAGCAGUCUGGACAGCGCGCUGAAGCGCCACACGGAGAGCGCCGCCCAGCUCUGGUUCUCCCUGCACCAGCUGGUGGAGCGCUUCCUGCAGGAGCAGGGGGCGGAGCCAGACUCAGGCGAGGAGGUGGAGCGGCUGUCCCUGUCCUCGGUGGCGUCCACCCUGCAGGCCUUCAUGGAGGGCUCCACGCUGGGACAGUUCCAGACCCGCCUGGACCUGCUGCUCGGCUUCCACUGCCACCUGCUGCUGCGGCCCCGGCAGCCCGGACGAGAGUCUCUGUCCAGUCUGCUGUGGAACCUGCACCGGUACUACGCUCAGUUCUCGGAGGGCGUCCAGACCCGGCUGUCCCAGCUGCGGCAGCCCAUCGAGAAGGAGCUGAAGGACUUUGUGAAGAUCUCCAGGUGGAACGACGUGAGCUUCUGGUCCGUCAAGCAGUCGGUGGAGAAGACUCACCGCACGCUCUUCAAGUUCAUCAAGAAGUUCCAGGAGGUCCUGAGCGGCCCCAGUCUUCCUGCUCUGGUGGAGCAGGGCAGCGGCGCCCGGCUGGACGGCGUGGACGCCGACCCGGACGAGACGCCGGUCCACCGCGUGCACCGGGCGCUGAGGACCUGUCCGCCGGGGACAGACGUGGACCUGCAGAGCCAGAGUCCAGAGGACGGGGCGGACGCCUCGUCUCUUCAGGGACGGCUGCCCGCUCUGUCCAGGAAGAUGAAGAAGAUGUGCGUCCAGCUGCUGAAGAAGAACCCGGUCCCCGAGCUGACCGAAGACCUGGACUGCUUCACCGGCGAGGUGAUCGGGACCCUCGGGGGCCUGCAGAGCCUGGCCGUGGACCCCACCGCGGACCGGGACAAGCAGAGGGCCGAGGUGAAGCACAUCCUGCAGCAGAAGCAGCGCGCGCUGGCCGACCUCUUCAGGAUGCUGUCAGACAUCGGUCUGUCGUACCGUAAAGGAGUGACCUGGAGCCGCUCAGCUGAUCCACAGGAGACCCUCUGCCUGCAGCCGCUGGACAUCAGCACCGUCCUGACUGCUGUGGGGAGGCAGGAGCCCCGCGAAAGCAGGUUGUUCACAGAGCUGCAGGCGGCCUGGGACGGAUGUCAGAAGUACUUCUACCGCUCCUGGGCCAGAAGAACGGCUCUGCAGAGCGCCCUGCAGCACGCCGCCAAGGAGCUGGGUCUGGGGAACACGGAGCGCUGCAGAGGGUUCUCUUCUCACCUCUUCAAGCUGCUGCUCAGACAGAGGCGGAGGCUGACCCAGCUGACGGAGCAGUGGCUGCAGCUCAGGAGGCUGACGGCCAGCGUCCAGGAGGUGGGUGUGUGUGCUGGGAGCCGGGGGGGGGACGGGGGCUGCCUGCUGCCCCCCCAGGCGGACCUGGCCCAGUGGGGGGUCCGCGGCCGGGCGCUGUCCUCGCAGUGCGGCACGCUGCUGCAGCAGCUGUCCUGGCUGCUGCAGUGCUGCCCCGAGGACCCCCCCCAGAGGGAGGGGGACACCCUGCGCUGCCCGUCGCCGCUGGCGGCGCAGCGCCAGCCCCCCGGCUGCCUGAUGCGGCGGGGAGACGCCGCCUGGACCGGGCUGCAGCAGCGCGUGGCGGCCAUGCUGGGGCGGAGCCGGAGCCUGCGGGCGGAGCUGGACUGGGCCGGCCGGGACGACGACGCGCUGCACACAUGGAAGCAGUUUUCCUCGUGCUGCUCGGCGUGGGACGGGCUGGCCGCCCUGGCGGCCGACAUGCUCUCCGUGGAGCAGCUCUUCACGCCGGCCGCCGUCCCGGGCGGCGCCGCCGGCCGGCCCACCGCCGCCCAGAGCCUGCAGUACGUCCGCACGCAGCUGGAGGACGCCGUGACGCAGUUCACCACCUGGAAGACGCAGCUGCUGUCCCUGGGCCAGCCGCUCCCAGACCUGCAGCCGUCCUUCUGCGCCCAGUUCUCCGCCGAGGUGGAGGAAACCAUCAGCAGGGUGCUGGUUGCCGUCCAGACGCUGGUGAAGAGGAGGGAGGAAGAGCCGCCGCCCGGCAGCGCCGGAUCUGAGGACCAGCAGGAGGACUCUGUGGAGGACCUGCUGAAGCCGGGCCACCUGACGGGGCUGCUGCAGGAGGAGCUGGAGGCCCAGGUGGAGGCGCUGUGCGCCGGGGCCGUGGGCGGGGGCCUGCAGAGGCUGCUGGGCCGCCUGAGGUCCCACCGGGACGCCUGUCAGCCAGCACAGCUCCAGGAGGUGGACCGGGCCUGCGGGAUGCUGCUGCGUCUGCAGCCUCUGCUGCUGGUCUACUCAGACCUGGUGCGGUUCUACCUGGUGGUCAGUCUGGGGGUCCACCGGACCACCGGCAAGCUCCUGUCCGUGCUGGCAGCCAUCUUCACCCAGCUGGCCCAGAAGGGCUUCUGUCUUCCUGAGGACCUGGCGGGAGGCGGAGACGGAGAGGGCGCCACCCAGUUCCACGACUACGAAGGAGGAGGCCUGGGCGAGGGCGAGGGCACGAAGGACGUCAGCGACAAGAUCGAGAACGAGGACCAGGUGGAGGACAGCUUCCAGGAGGGCCAGGACAAGGAGGAGGAGCAGGACAGAGGCAACAUCAAGGCCGAGGACAACGCCAUCGAGAUGUCCGAGGACUUUGAGGGACAGACGCAGGACGGGGACGAGCAGGAGCCGGGUGAAGACGAAGAGUCGGACAGAGAGGACGAAGACGAGGAGCUGGACAAGAAGAUGGGGAAGCUGGGCGACGGCCAGACCGACACCCUGGACGAGAGGAUGUGGGGGGACGAGGAGGACGAGGACGAGGACCAGGAGGACCAGGAGGAGGAGGAGGAGUCUGGACAGGGCAUGGACCAGGGCGAGUCCCAACUGGUGGCCAAGGACGACAACGUGGACGCCGCAGAACCCAGCGAGGACCGCAAGGACCAGGACAGAGACGAGCCGCUGAGGGACGAGGAGGAGGACAAGAUCCACGAGCAGGGAGACCAGAGGGACUUCGACGAGAACGAGGUGGAUCCGCAUCACGGCCAGCAGGACCAGAGACCCGAGCCCGAAGCCAUGGACCUGCCCCAGGACCUGCAGCUGGACCGGGACGAGGACCAGGCCGGGGGCGAGGGGGAGGACGGAGACGAGGGGCCAGAGGAGGACAACCCGCUGGACAUCGAGGACAUGGAGGACAAAGCCAUGGAGCUGGACGGACAGGAGGAGCAGGACGGGGGACCGGGAGAGGAACAGGGAGCAGAGGAGGGCUCUAAACCUGAGGAGCAGGAGGAGGAGGAGGAGGGAGGGGGGGAGGAGCCUGAGGAGUCAGCUGAGGGGAAGGAGGAGGAGCAGGAGGCUCAGGAGGAGCGAGGGGAGGACGGACGGGACGAGGACAGGAGCGUCCCGGACGACAGAGGACAGAAACCAAAGGAGGAGGAGGAGCAGCAGGAGGAGGGGGCGGAGCCAGAGGCAGCCGACAGGAAGGAGCACCACAGCGAGGCUCAGACGGGGGACGACAACGUCCAGAGCGACACGGCGGUGGAGCUGGCAGGAGAGGCUUCAGAGAGGGAGCAGGCCAAGGAGGAGCACGGCAGUGGAGCGGCGGACGCCAGCCAGUCGGAGGGUCACCGCUCCCAGCUGACCGCCAGGAUGGCGUCACAGUCCCAGACCCAGGACCGGACCCAGAGCUUCAAGAGGAAGCCCGGCCGGGCGGACAGCGAGCGCUCCACCGGCGACUACAGCGAGCGCAUCAACAAGCGGCUGCGCACGGCGGAGCGCAGCGGCGAGCGGCGGCCGGACGAGCGGCAGGCCGACGGCCGGCAGGACUCGGAGCUGUACGAGCACAUCAGGCAGGGGGAGGAGUCGUACGACGCCCAGACAUACGACGUCGCCACCGCCGAGCAGCAGGAGGCGGCCGGGCCGCAGCGGGACGAGCAGGCCGAGGAAGACGUCGCCAUGGAAACGGAGGAGCAGCAGGAGGAGCUCCGGGCGGCCGACGCCCAGCAGCUGAAGCCCGAACAGCUGGACCCCUCCAAGUCCUCCCACAGAGGAGCAGACGGAGGAGAGAUGGAGGUGGAGGGCGAGGAGGAGGAGGAGGAGGAGGAGCGGUGGAAGGAGCGGCAGCAGCGCCGAGAGGAGCAGCGGGCGGAGCGCAGCAGCCAGUCCACCGUCCACACCGUCCCCGAGCUGCUGCUGGACGCCGCGCAGAAGCUGCAGCGGGAUCCAGAGGAGGUGAGGAGGGAGAUGGAGCUGCAGCUGGAGUCCUGGCACAAACUGUCCCCGGGGACGGAGGAGGAGGAGCGUGCGGCAGCCUCCAUGUGGCAUCAGUACCACAGUCUGACCUCGGCCCUGUCUCAGCAGCUGUGUGAGCAGCUCCGCCUGGUCCUGGAGCCCACACAGGCCGCCAAGCUCAGGGGGGACUACCGGACGGGGAAGCGUCUGAACAUGAGGAAGGUGAUCCCCUACAUCGCCAGUCAGUUCCGGAAAGACAAGAUCUGGCUGAGGAGGACCAAGCCCAGUAAGAGAGAGUACCAGAUCUGCCUGGCCGUGGACGACUCGUCCAGCAUGGUGGACAACCACUCCAAACAGCUGGCCUUUGAGUCUCUGUCUGUAAUCGUCAACGCUCUGACGCUGCUGGAGGUGGGACAGGUGUCAGUGUGCAGCUUUGGGGAGCAGGUUCAGCUGCUUCAUCCCUUCCAGCAGCAGUUCAGCGACGAAUCAGGAGCUCGGAUCGUCCGACUGUGUCAGUUCCAGCAGAAGAAGACCAGGAUAGCACAGUUUUUGGAGAGUUCUACUAAAAUGUUUCUGUCAGCUCGUCAGCAGAAUCCUGGAUCUGUGAGCUCAGAGACGGCCCAGCUGCUGGUCAUCGUGUCUGAUGGGCGGGGCUUGUUCCUGGAGGGGAAGGAGCGCGUGACGGCGGCGGUGAGCGCCGUGCGCGGAGCCAACGUCUUCGUCAUCUUCGUGGUGCUGGACAACCCCAACUCUCGGGACUCCAUCCUGGACAUCAAGGUGCCGGUCUUCGGCGGGCCGGGGGAGCUGCCGGAGAUCCGGUCCUACAUGGACGAGUUCCCCUUCCCGUUCUACGUCAUCCUGCGGGACGUCAACGCGCUGCCGGAGACGCUGAGCGACGCGCUCAGGCAGUGGUUCGAGCUGGUCACCGCCGCCGACCACUGAGCCGCCGCCGCUCAACACGUGCCUUUGUUUUCAGGGUUUACUGUAGCUGUAGUGGAGUGUGAGAGCCGUGGCUGGUCUUCAUCGGGGAUUCAGGUCUGCUGCCUUCACCCUGCUCGUCUGACAUGAAGUCAACUAAAUGUGGAACCCGCCCCCGGUCGUGUUAGUGUUAGUCCAUCUUCAGCACGGAGCUGCAAAAUGUGCCUUUGAGAGGGAUGUGGACGACGGCGCCACACACACUGAAGCACAGUGGCCACAGGCUCCGCCCCCUGGACAUCACGCCUCCGUCAGGAGAACACCUGUACCUUCUGGAACUUUAAAAACAUUCUGAGCGUAUUUAAGAAGAAUCCCUGUGUUGAAUCAUGACAUGAAUGAGCCUGAUAUUAAACACUUUACACUCUGCUGCUCCCGUCUGAUCACUGAGGACCCGAACGCCGCCUGCUUCACCCGAACGCCGCCUGCUUCACCUGAACGCCGCCUGCUUCACCCGAACGCCGCCCGCUUCACCCGAACGCCGCCUGCUUCACCCGAACGCCGCCCGCUUCACCCGAACGCCGCCCGCUUCACCCGAACGCCGCCUGUUUCACCCGCUUUAUGAAGACGCUUUUGCAGGUCUGCGCCUCUGGAUCAGCCUGCUCAUUUUAGGAGUAGUCCUCUUCGUUUUUACUUAAAUCCUGAUAAACUGUCUACACCUUCCUCUAGUUUUGCUGCAGAAUUAUUACAUCAAGUGUCAGCUAAUUCUGCAGUGCAGCUGGAAA